ACCGGAAGUUAAGUGCGUGAUUUGAAAGUAUGUCAACCAAACGUUGAAAUGCAUUGUAUCCAGAAUUACGAUAGCGAUUCUUCUGACGGAGAAGACGAAAAGCAAGAAACAACAGAUGAUUUGACAGCUCACCUUAAGCCCCUCGAUCCAGAUAAAAAGUCAAUUACCACGAUUGCUCUAAAUGCUGCCCCUGUUAUUGCGACAAAGGCAAAAAUUGAACAAAAAAGACACAUUGGUCAUUCUGUCAAGGAAGUGACAUACAACCCAAAGUAUGAUGAAUUAUAUGCACCACAGGUGGGGCCUGCCAAUCCAUACAAAACUCGACAGAUGUCUGCUGUUCGUAACACGCUGUCAGGUUUUGCCGAGGCAGCUCAUGUCAGCAACUUUGAGUUUGAGAACCAGAGAAGAACAUUCCAUAGCUAUGGAUAUGCUAUGGAUCCCUCUGAGGGUAACAGUGUAGUGUCAGAACCUGUACUGGUUGGAGACGAAGUUGCCAAGGAGGAAAAUAAAGGUAAAACUGUGUUUGAGUCAGCAAAAAAGAGACCAGAAGACAAGAGAAAGAGGUUACGCAAUGAUAACCCGGGAGACAUUGAAGGAUAUCUUGGACCCUGGGGCAAAUUUAUUGACGAAAAGACAGUCAUGAAACCCAAUGAAGAAGAGAAAAAAGAACUGGAUGAAAUUCUUGCCAAAAGAAGCAAAUCCUCUAAACAAACAGAAGAAAAGACAGCUGACGAAAAAACAACUCUACACAUUAAGGAUGCCUACGAUUACCAAGGGAGAUCAUUCUUGCACAUCCCACAGGAUGUGGGCGUCAACCUUAAGUCGGAUGAACCACCAGAGAAGUGCUUCCUGCCCAAGAAACAGAUUCACACCUGGACUGGGCACACAAAGGGGGUGUCAGCCAUCCGCUGGUUCCCCCGCUCUGCUCAUCUUUUACUCUCUUGUAGCAUGGACUGCAAAAUUAAGAUCUGGGAGGUGUACAACGACCGGCGCUGUGUGCGGACCUACAGCGGUCACAAACAGGCCGUGAGGGACAUAACCUUCAACAACUCGGGCACAGAGUUCCUCAGCUGUGGCUACGACAGGUACAUCAAACUCUGGGACACUGAGACAGGUGAAUGCAAGUCUCGCUUCACGAGUCGGAAGGUGCCGUAUUGCAUCAAGUAUCACCCGGAGGAAGACAAACAGCAUUUAUUUGUCGCUGGAACCUCAGACAAGAAAAUCGUCUGUUGGGACAUUCGGUCGGGUGAGAUUGUACAGGAGUAUGACAGACAUCUCGGCGCCGUGAACACCAUCACCUUCGUGGAUCAUAACCGGCGAUUCGUGUCCACUUCAGAUGACAAGAGUCUCAGGGUGUGGGAAUGGGAUAUUCCUGUGGAUUUCAAAUACAUAGCUGAUCCUAGCAUGCAUUCAUGUCCAGCUGUGCAGCUCUCACCAAAUGGUAAAUGGUUGGCUUGUCAGUCCAUGGACAAUAAGAUCAUCAUCUUCAACGUACUGAACAGGUUCAAAUACAUGAGGAAAAAGACAUUUACAGGCCACAUGGUUGCGGGUUAUGCCUGUGGAGUGGAUUUCUCACCUGACAUGAGUUACUUAAUUUCUGGAGAUGCUGAUGGCAAAGUGUAUGUGUGGGACUGGAAAACAACAAAACUGUACAACAAAUUCAAGGCGCACGAUGACGUGUGUGUAGGCGUGCUGUGGCACCCCCACGAAACCUCAAAAGUGGCCACAUGUGGCUGGGACGGGGUCAUCAAGUACUGGGACUGAGGGGAGAGUAGAAAUACAUUUUUUAAUGUGAAAGUGAAUUCUGGAUUCAAGGAACAGAUGAGCAGCAGCAGCUUACUAAAGUAGGAGCAUCGGUGUGCAAUGAAAUCACAUGAUGCAUUAUGCUUCUUGAGGCAAAAAGUAACAUUGGAAUCAUGGUUGAUUAAAAAGUAUCACUUUGGAUAUUAUCAUUGUGUCCUGGUUUUGCUCACUAAGCACACAGAAGUAGUUUUCAACAGAGGCAAAUUUUGUUGGAUUCAGUAUGAAACAUUUUCAUGUAAAUCAGUUUUUUGAACAUAUGGAAAAUAUAAUUAAUGCAACCAAUUGUCAAGUCCUUUACAAGACAUAACCAGUCAAUGCAGAUCAAAUUCUUAUUAGAACAUUAUAACUGAUUAGCUGAUAAUGAAAUAAUUGCCUGUGUCUCAUAGGGCUUUUAGGGAGUUGCUGUAUAUAGGGACACAGAACAAAUGGUGGUUGACAUAUAAUAUCGGAUUGAUUUCACAUUUUAUGACCUUGUCUUUCAGUAACUCUAUAUAUACAUGUACAUUCAUUUGGAACCCAUCAGUGCUUUUUUUUUUAUCAUCUCAUAAUUCACUCAAUCAUCUAGAAUAAAGGAGUUUUCUAA